GUCUCUCGACGGCGGCGGCGGUGGCGGAGGCUCGCGCAGCUCGUUGGCUCGCUAUAUAAAGGGGAGAAGCAGGCGAACCGGACGGCUGGAGCUGCAGCCGGUGGCGGCAGCGGCGGCGCAGGGAGCGGCGACCGGUGGUGGUUUCCCUCCUUGGCGCGGGGUGGGGAGCGGGCAACGCCCCCCGGACCCCUUAAGGGUCGUGGCUUUUUUUUUUUUUUUUUUUUUUAAGGGCUGUUCUCGAGGUUUUUAGCUCCGGGCGGACUGCCCCCCCCCCCCCACCUCACCGAUCCCCUUCUACUCCUCAGGAUCCAAUUUUGUUUAAAAUUUUUCUCCCAGUCCUGCGGUGGCUUGGGUCACCCUCCGGUGUUUUAGUUUUUUUUUUCUUGUUUUGAUCUUGUUUUCUCGGGGUUGCCCCCUUCUUGUUUGUGUUGUGUGUGGAAAUGGCGAACUCGGCAAAUACAAACACCGUGCCUAAAUUAUACAGAUCUGUGAUUGAAGAUGUUAUUAAUGAUGUGAGAGACAUCUUUUUGGAUGAUGGAGUCGAUGAACAAGUUCUGAUGGAACUAAAAACUUUAUGGGAGAAUAAACUCAUGCAGUCUAGGGCAGUAGAUGGAUUUCAUUCAGAAGAUCAGCAGCUGUUACUGCAAGUUCAGCAGCAGCAUCAGCCUCCGCAACCUCAGCACCACCACCACCACCACCAUCAGCAAGCUCCAGCACAGUCCACGGUACCUCAGCAGGCGCAGACCCAGCAGGUCCUUAUUCCUGCAUCACAGCAGGCUACAGCACCGCAAGUUAUUGUUCCUGAUUCUAAGCUGAUACAACAUAUGAAUGCAUCAAACAUGAGUGCUGCCGCUACAGCUGCUACCUUGGCUCUCCCUGCAGGUGUGACUCCAGUUCAACAGAUACUAACAAACUCAGGCCAGCUUCUUCAAGUGGUCAGAGCAGCCAAUGGUGCCCAGUAUAUCUUUCAACCUCAGCAGUCAGUGGUUCUACAACAACAGGUUAUACCACAAAUGCAGCCUGGUGGAGUACAAGCUCCUGUUAUACAACAGGUACUGGCCCCUCUUCCUGGAGGGAUUUCACCACAGACAGGUGUCAUCAUACAGCCUCAGCAAAUCUUAUUUACAGGAAAUAAGACUCAAGUUAUACCUACAACAGUGGGGGCACCAACACCCGCACAAGCACAGAUAACUGCAGCUGGCCAGCAGCAGCCACAGGCCCAGACUUCUCAGCCACAAGCUCCAUUGGUGUUACAGGUUGAUGGGACUGGGGAUACAUCAUCUGAAGAAGAUGAAGAUGAAGAAGAAGACUAUGAUGAUGAUGAAGAGGAAGACAAAGAGAAAGAUGGAGCCGAGGAUGGGCAGGUAGAAGAAGUAUACAGCAUAGUGAUUCAAAUUCUGUUUCUUUUUGAGGCAGUUUGGGAGCCCCUCAAUAGUGAAGAUGAUGUAAGUGAUGAGGAAGGACAGGAACUCUUUGAUACAGAAAAUGUUGUUGUAUGCCAAUAUGAUAAGAUACACAGAAGUAAAAACAAAUGGAAAUUUCAUCUCAAGGAUGGCAUUAUGAAUCUUAAUGGAAGAGAUUAUAUAUUUUCCAAAGCCAUUGGAGAUGCAGAAUGGUGAAGAGUUGGUUCUUUUAUAAGUAAAACAAAAUAAACUUUUAAAAAAGUUAAAGUGAACAGUUUGAAACUUGGGACAUAUACCAACCAUAACUUAACUUCUGCAUGUCAGAAAAGUGCAGUAGAAGCAAAGCUACUGGAACAAAGAGACUUUGACAACAUAGACACUACUUCUAACUGGCAAGCCAUGGAACUGUAGCACCUGGGGUUGUGAGGGGUGGGUGUGGGGCUGGGUUUUGUGUAGGAAAACUAUGAUUGUUAAUUUUAAAUACAGGUACCCACCACCCGUAAUUAGCAUGUAAAACUUUGUCUAUAUUCCUUCCUCCAACUUGGGUUCAAUCAGAAAGAUAUUUGCUGGAAUGAAGUGAAGAAACUUCCCUUUUGAUAGGUUGAACAGAAAUUGCUUAUUGUAUGUGGUUAUAUUUGGUAAAAAUUGAAUGUGAGCUUUUUACAAAAGGGUAAAAAUUAUGGUGUUGAAUUUUACUUGUAUAAGGAAACAAUUUAGAACUCUUACAAUAGGUCUUAAGUAUUUUUACUUGCUAUUCUCCCUCAGUAACAAAUACCUCUUCUUCCCUGCUUUAUGAAACACCUGUUUAAGAGUUAAAGGAAGUAAUCAGUGAUCAUUGUUUGGAGACAAAAUUUGAGUUUUCAUACUCAUUAAAAUGUAAUUUGAAGACUUGGGUUUCUUCUGAGUUGAGCAGAAUUAAAAUAACAACUUCAGUUCCCUUACAGAAAAAUUGUAUUUGUUUCUUUUAGUCGCAUAGCAUAUAAAGAAACCCUGAAGUGGCUUGACAGGAAUACAGUUUUAUUUCACAAAGAUACCAUCUCACUUAAAUUAUAUACAUAUGAAUAGAGAAUUUUUACUGUUGUGCUGAAGCAUAUACUUAUAUAUGUGUUUAGUCUUUAAGCUAAACAAACAGGCAGAUAAUAUUCUGUGCAUUGAUUGAAGCAUUGGGCAGAUAGUAAGGACCUGGAUCUUUAUUAAAUAAUUUAGUAAUUAUAAAAGCUAUUUGUGUUCACUGGUAAAGAAUUGAAAAACUGUUAUUCUAAUACUUUAUUUUUAAAUGCAACUUUGUAAUUUGAGGGAAAUUUUGGGGCUAGAGGAGGUUGGGCCACUUAGUACAUAUUUACCUCUUUUUCCUUUGGUGGGUGUUCCAGGCCACUGAUAGUAUAGACAUGGGCUCCAGUUUGCACAUGAGGAAGAAAGCAUAGAAAUUUGAUUUGUAUAUUAAAAAUAAUAGAAUUUAAUAUGUAUAUUAAGAAUGCACAGCUCUGUAUUCAGUAAGGGGCUCUGAAGAACAACAUGGCAAUGCUGUGUUCUGUGUGAACUAGUGAGCUAGUUGGGAACUGUAGGAACACUUGUCUUCACUUCUGUGUUUUUCCAACCAACUUUUCAUGGUUUCGCUUGACAAAAGUCAUGUGUUUAAAUUACUUGUAUACUGAUUAUUUUUAAGUCUUCCAUUUUGUCUUCAUUUGCCUUUGUGUAUGUUUUCAGAAGUAAUGUAGAAAUACUUUAAAGUACAUUGCAAAGAAAAAACUGUGAGCUAUUACAUAUUGUUUUCCUUUUAUUAGCACAAAUCUUUUAAAUUUCUCAUAAAGGCUAAUCAGUUUUUUUUCCUACAUCCCACCCCACAUUCAGCUUGGUCCUUUUAACUUAUGUUCUGAACUUUGUGUGAAUAGUGGUUUCUGACAUGCUAGUAGUUAGGUUUUGUUUAAAUGCUGUAACUGCUAAUACGGUUUUUUUACUACAUUAAUUUCAUUUUUUGGAGGGGAGGUUUGCUCUCAAAGCACACACAAGUUAUUUUGUUUUCAUUAAUGAGACCAGGAGAAGAGAAAGGGGGGGUGAAAUAACAGAAGUCCUGUUGUUCAGUUGUCCUUCAAUAUAGUUGAUAGUAGGUUUCUGUUUACCCAAUGAAGAAGUCAAUAACCUAAACUACCUAUAAAAGUUUAGCAGUGCUGUGAUGUUGAUUGAAACCCUUUGGCUAUCUAGUAGUUCUUAUGCUACUGACCCUUGGAUUGCUAUAUGAUACUCAGCUCAUGUUUUGGGCCCUCUGUAUAGACAAAUAUUCAUAUUCAUAGUAGAAUUAUAUACUGGCCUGUUUUUAUAUGUUUUUUUUCAAAUAUGAAUAACCACUGCUUUCAGAGUGAUUCACUAGGGUUAUUUUGAAGCAGGAAAUAACCAUUUAUAUUUGCACCUGUGUAUUGCAUAUUAUUAUGGCAUCCUUGGCAAAUGCUUUUCUUUCACCUGUGAAAAUUCUGAAAGCCAGUCCAAACAACACUGCAUACCAAAUUGUGCUCUUAUAUAUUACUGCAUCAUGUUCCUUUUUAAUUAAAUAGCAUGUUUUAGUUUUAUUAUAGUGGCUUGCUAUAAGAAUGCCACUUGCUUAUCUUUUAUUAUACUUGAAUUUUUAAUCAUCAUGCUUUUACACUUAAUGAUUUAAAUGUACUUUAAUCAUUUCAUUAGUUUCCAUAAAAAUGUCAUUCCUUUGAAAAGGCAAGGAUUCCCACUUUCAGAAUUUCGUAAUGAAAAUAACGUUUAUUCAAAGAGGGAAAACAGUUCAGACUUGGUAUUAUGAAAGUCAGUAAAGGUUUCAGUAGAGGAUUUGUUUAGAUUUGCACAGAUGCUGGUGGCACCUUUUAUUUAAAAAAAAGAUUAACAUUAACAGUGCUAAGGAAAAUUUACUGAAAAUUACUAGAUAAAGUGUGGAAAUGUGUGCCUUUCAGUAUAUGAUUCACUCCUUUUUUGGUGGUCCUUUGGAUAAUCAGACCAUUUGAAUGCCUGAGCACAUUUAAUUUCUGUGGAGAGCCACAUUUGGCUAAAGCAACUCUUUAAUGUGCAAUUAGUUUCUAGAGUAAAAUGUCUGUUAUAUGAGGGGGAUCUUUAUAAUGGGCUUUUAUAUUUUUUUAAAUGUUCGCAUUUCUUUUUGUUAAAUUCCACCAUAAUACUACAUUUAUAUUGUUGCCUCUCUUAAAAUCAAAGUCACCUUCUUGUAAUCUUCUAGGAAUACAUUAAGAUUUGAGCAAUGUGUAUAGUGAUUAAAAUGUGUUCUUGAAGAGCAUAUUCUAAUAGAUUCUGGUUUUAGAUAUCAAGAACAUAAAAAUAUAAUAGCUUUUGUAUAAAGAUUUUCUUUUGCUAUAGUAAAAAUCAAGGAUUUAGUUUUCUUAUUUUUUCUUGCUUUUAUGGAGGAAUGAAAAGGGUUGUCUCCUAAGAGUAAUUUUUGUAUUAUCAUAUAGCAAUAAUGUCGCCACUCUUUUCAGAAAGUAAAUAGGCCUUGUACAGGAAAACAGACAUAAUUUUCUCUUGGGAGUUCCCUUUAUAACUUAGCAUUUUCUUCCACUUGAAAAAAAUUCCUAUAUUUUCAGAUUACUUCGUCUUGAACUUUUUUGAGCUUUUGUGCAAUGGAAUAUUUUAUUGAACCAUCUUUGUACAUUUUCAUUUUAUUUCAUGUCUCCCACCUAUUUGUCUGACUCAGCUAUUGCAGAUUUUGAAUUCAUUGGUUAAAAAAGUUUCUUUAUAUAUUUCUUCAUGGGUUUAUGUUAAAUAGUUUCACAUUUUAAUCUAUUAUGUGAUGGAAAUUUUAUCUGAAGUUUAUAAUUCCCUUUUAAGCCUGCCUUAGACUAUAUUUUGCCAUUUUUUUACGGUUUAAGGAAGAAUGAACCAAGCUUAAUACUUUCAUUUUGAGAAACAAGAGAAACUUUUUUUUUUAAGGGAAGAAUUACAUUGAAUUAGUAACUACUGUUUCCAUCAAGGUUCCUUAAAUCAGCCAGUAUGCAUCAGGGCUACAAUUUUCGGGGAGGGGGCUGAUUCUUUUUUGCUGUUCUGAGCUACUAUUGUCAACUGCUGUUGUACAUACUGUUAUGUGUAAGGUAAGGGCGUAAAUAUAUUUAUUAUGUUUGUAAAAUUCAUUCUGUACAAUUGCAGAUCAAAGUUGCUCUUCUGUGAUAUAUGGGAUAUUAUGUUUUAAAGACCAUCUUGGAAUACAGUCAGAGAACUUAGUAUUUUGAUGUACUAAGACCUAUUUUAAGUUUUAAUAUUUUACCUUUGCAAAAACUUUAAUUAAAGAUGUUAUUUAAAAAAGA